AUGGCCGAAGUGAUGUCGGUGUGCAUGCCUCUUUGUGGCCUUGCAGCGCAAGCCAGUUGGCCCAACAGCUGCAACUUGAAUCUCUACCAGGACGGGCAGCACUCGGUUGGCUGGCAUGCGGACAACGAAGCCCUGUUCCAAGGCAAGUACCAGGACUGCAGGAUUAUCUCCUUGUCCCUGGGUCAGAGCAGACGCUUUGAACUCAUGUGCGGUCAAGACUUCCACAGGCUGGAGCUCAGCGAUGGGGACCUGUGCACAAUGGAGGGCAUGACCCAGAAGUGGUACAAGCACCGUGUGCCCAAGGAGUCUGGAAGGAACGUGGGCCCACGGAUCAAUCUUACGUGGAGGUGGAUUGUGCAGCAUCACGACUGUCCCUGCGCUGAAGCGCCGGAAGCCCCUGAGGUGCCGGCAAAGCGAAAACGCACUAGCUGUGCCUCGGUCGGUGGUUGGUCAGCAUCUCACGGAUAA